CAAAAUAUCAAACAUGUCCGCUUUCAACUCUGCAAAGAACAAUACUUCUCAAUAUCAAAACCCUGACCCUAAUUAUCAUCAAGUCGCAGACAGUACUACUACUGAUCAGCUUGAUGAAUUGUUCGAUUUCAAAUUCUCCGAUUAUUUCGCAUUUGAUGGUGCCUUGGAGGAAGAAAUUUCUACGCAGGCAAAUGUGGAAAGCAGCUUCAAUGGAUCUUCGAGUUCAUCAACUCCAUUAGCUAGUAACAUAAGAAAAGUGAAGAAGUACAAGACAAACGAUGCGUUCAGAUUUGCAUUUCGAACAAAAUCAACGCUGGAAAUAAUGGAUGAUGGAUUUAAAUGGAGAAAAUAUGGCAAAAAGAUGGUCAAGAACAACCCCAAUCCAAGGUAUGUAAACCCUUCAAUUUUGUAGUGCUAAUUCACAAGAUUUUACUUUAUCUGUUGUCA